CUCAGUACCGACCCACCUUUCUCCUUUGUUGGUCUGGAUGUCUUUGGACCUUGGAUGGUUGUGGCACGGCGGACUAGAGGAGGAGUGGCCAGCAACAAACGGUGGGCAGUGCUUUUUACAUGUAUGAGCACAAGAGCCAUACAUAUUGAAGUCAUAGAGUCUAUGGACUCCUCAAGCUUCAUAAAUGCUCUGCGACGGUUCUUCUCCAUCAGAGGACCAGCCAAGCAGAUACGAUCUGACUGUGGAGGAAAUUUUGUUGGUGCUUGCAAAGAGCUGCAGAUAGAAACAGUAGUCACCAACAAAGAAACACAGGGAUAUUUAAGCGACAGCGGAUGUAAAUGGGUCUUCAAUCCACCACACUCAUCACAUAUGGGAGGCAGUUGGGAGCGUCUUAUUGGGCUCACAAGACGCAUCCUGGACUCCAUGCUGUUAAAACUUGGCCCGUCAAAGCUUACCCAUGAAGUCUUGACUACAUUCAUGGCAGAAGUAUCGGCUAUAGUGAAUGCUCGCCCUUUGGUCCCUGUAUCCACUGAUCCAGACAACCCACUUAUCCUGACACCGGCAACACUCCUGACUCAAAAGAUCAGUGCACUUCCUCCCCCAAAAGGAGAGUUUGAUGGCGACAAUCUCUAUGGCAAGCAGUGGAGGCAAGUCCAAGGUCUGGCCAACACCUUUUGGCAUCGCUGGAGGACAGAGUACCUACCCUCUCUGCAAAAACGGAGAAAAUGGCAAAAGGAAAUACAUAAUCUUCAAGCUGGAGACAUUGUAAUACUCAAAGACAAGCAGGUAAAACGAAACUAUUGGCCCCUUGGUAUUGUGGUCAAGACAUUCCCCAGCGCAGAUGGCAAGGUGAGGAAGGUCGAAAUCAAGACAGCAAACGAUGGUUCAUUCAAGACCUUUCUACGCCCUGUCUCAGAGACUGUUCUACUCCUCUCCCCAGAGACAUUGUAGUUGGUUUGUAUUAGUGUGCAUUGUACAGUUGUGGUGGCAUCUUUUUAGAUACCAGGCGGGGAGUGUUCUGGCCUAAGUAAGGAGCUGUAGGUCACCUUGCAGCCACUAGGGAGUGCUACAUUUGUUGUUGAGUUUUUUGGACCUCAUGGCGCUCUGUAGGAGGCCAUUUUGGGUUUCUCAUUCAUUGAUAAGAGCAUGUUGUGGACACUUGCCUUAUGAAGGAUCUAAAUCCAUCCUGGACUAGGAAGGAAUCGUAUAAUCAUUGUCUGUGAGUAAAGUGUGAUUAAGAUGUUUCUUUUCACGACCAUGCUUUCAUUUUACGCAGAUGGCUAUGUUAGACCAUGAUUUUUGUGUUCUGCAGUAUACCUUGUUCGCUAGGUGAUAGUUUUCGGUCAGAUAUAUUUUCAGUCACAUACUGUUAAUUUGAUUGACAUUAACAAGCAUGUUAUACUACACAGAUAUGUUUAUUGAUCGUGUAUCAUAACUGAUUGUUUCUUUUUACUUUAUUACAGUUUUACUCCAUUUUGCAUUCUGUCAAUGAAUAACGGUGGCACACAAAUAAAUCAACAUUUAUUGACUACG